AUGAUCAAUCACAGCACUGAAGUCAUUCUUACUUACUUUUAUGCAAAAAAAUCACUCUUGUUUCGGAUAACCAUAGAACACACGAGCGAAUCAUCGACAUUAACUGUUGACAACGAUGCAUGUACCAUUCAUGCGCAAAGAAAACUCGCUACAAAUCCCGUUCAGAAAUUUGUGCAUGUUUUCACAGACAUCGUUUUUAUUCCCGUGGGAUUGAACUCUCCUACCGAUCCAAAACCAUUUGUUUAUACAUUUGUAGGUGGAAUCGAGCGAGAAAUCCCAUCAAAUGACGGUUCGAUGGUUCUUCGGCCAAUCUAUCAGUGUGCAGUGCCGGAUCUGCUCGGUUGUCUACGUGGUUUACGAAUUGGUGGUGAAAUGGUUGAUUUGCGUCAUACACAACAUGGAUAUCGACCGAAUGAUCCGAAACUCGUCCGCACUGGAUGCGAGUUAGGAUGUAGCUCGUUAGAUUGUAAGAACAAUGGGCAUUGCUCUGUGGCUUGGCGAGAAAACACGGAUGUUACAUGUGAUUGUUCGCGGACGAGUUACACCGGGACAGACUGUACUGUAGACAACGGUCUCAAUCUUGCCGCCAAUUCGCAAUUCACCUUCGAUAUCGAUCGAUAUUUGUCGCGCUAUAUUCUGACACCC